GACUUAACAAAAUUCAGCCCGCUCAAGUUGUUUUUUUUAUUUUUUUAAAUUAAAUAUCUCGAAAUUUACAAUUAAAAUGAAACCAGCAAUUGCCACAAAUGACCUCUCCGAUUCGGAUUACUCGAAUGAACACGAUGAUGCUUCGAGCAUUGCAAGUGGUGUUACCGAAACGUCUCGCAGCAAUACCCCCAAUAGUUCUGGCCGCAAACGAAGAAGAGGCAAGAAAAAAGCCUCAAAAUACACCAAACCCUUUUUCAAGUACUCCAGUUUUGCGAAGGAGGAUCACGGAUGUCCCCUCUUCGGCACGCAAUUUUGCCAUGUAGUGAGCAAGGAUCACGGACCAAUUUUCGCGACAGUAGGAAGUAAUCGGUUGAGCGUGUACGAGUGUCCCAGUGAUGGUUCUAUCAAAAUUCUGCAGUGCUAUGCUGAUCCGGACCACGAAGAGCUCUUUUACACGUGUGCGUGGUCUUAUGAUCCGGUGAUGAGUCGAGUGUUAUUGGCAGCUGGCGGCUUUCGUGGAGUCAUUCGGGUCUUUAAUCCCAAGGAAAUGGUUUGUUUUCGAAGCUUCAUCGGACACGGACACGCCAUUAACGAGUUGAAAUUCCAUCCGAAACAACCGAAUAUCCUACUUUCGGCCAGCAAGGAUCACUCAUUGCGCUUGUGGAAUGUCCAAACAGACGUUUGUAUCGCAAUUCUGGGCGGCGUCGAAGGACAUCGAGAUGAAGUGCUGAGUGCGGACUUUGACAUCCUCGGAAACAAAAUAAUUUCCUCAGGCAUGGAUCACAGUUUGAAAAUUUGGAAUUUAGAAAAGCCCGAAAUGAAAUCGGGCAUCGAGCGGAGCUACGUGUUUGACAUUAAGAAAAGUUCGCGCGUUUUUGACACCGUAAAAGAGCAUUUUCCCGAAUAUUCCACCAGAGAUAUCCACGGCAACUACAUAGAUUGUGUCCGUUGGUUCGGGGAGUUAAUUUUCUCCAAAUCUUGCGAAAAUGUUAUUGUUUGCUGGAAACCGGGACGUCUCGAAGACGUAAAACUCAAGCCCGGAGAGACAGAUGCCACGGUAAUUCACAAGUUUGGACUGAAGGAAUGCGAAAUUUGGUUUAUUCGCUUUUCCCUCGACUACUGGCAGAAAUAUCUGGCCUUGGGAAAUACCGUGGGACAUGUUUUUGUUUGGGAUAUGGACGCUUCGGAUGAUCCGAGAAAUGUGAAAAGCUGUUGUUUAAUACAUCCACAGUGCAAAACUGCGGUGAGACAAACGACGUUCUCGAAAGACGGAUCAAUUUUGGUGUUUGUUUGUGAGGACGGAACUAUUUGGCGUUAUGAUCGUCUCUAAAAUUUAGGAUUUAAUUUAUUUAAAAUAGCAAGUAAGUCUUUUUUCUUGUAAUUUUAUUUUUUAAUUAAACAGAAUAAUAAAAGAAUUAAAAGAUAAAAUUA